CUCAUACAAAUACUCACAAUUUACAAAAACCCAAAGAAUUCUCUUAAUAAAAUUAGGGUUUUGGAGCUUAUAAACCCCCAAUAGUUCUAAUAAAAUUAGGGUUUUCACAAUUCACCUCAUUUUCAGGCGCCCAUUAUCAUCUCCAAACCGGCGAAUUUUUCGGCUGUUUUCCGGUAUGGGCUUCUUGAUGGGUCGAAGAAAAGGUUCGAAAAACCGUAAGCGUGAAUGGAAAGUCGGUGAUCCUGUGCUUGCCAAACUUACGGGCUUUCCGUCUUGGCCUGCGAAGGUUGAGGAUCCGGAGAAGUAUGGUUUUCCAGUGGACUCUAAAAAGGUGUUGGUGUUUUUCUUCGGCACCCAGCAAAUUGCAUUCAUUAAUCCAGUUGAUGUUGAAGCGUAUUCGGAAGAAAAGAAGGAUUAUCUUAUAGUGAAUCGUUAUACUAGAGGUUCUGAUUUUCAUCGUGCAAUACUUGAGAUUGUUGCCUAUUCUAAGAAGAUAUAAGGUGAUACAGACCCUUCAUACUCUCUCGCUUUCCGAUAAAUUUAGACGAGGGAGAUUGUAAUAACAUGCUUGUACUAGUUGAAGAUAUGAAUAACUUCAGAUCAAUUUUGGCGUUUAUAAAUUUACGGGAUUAAUGUGAGAUAUUCUUGAUUUAAUUUAA